GCUUUCUCUGUAGCGUGGCUCGCUUCUCUGCCCGGGGAUUCUGUAAGGAGGACGCGGGGACACCCCGGAAGCCGGGAAAUGGAAUCACUGGUUUUUGAGGAUGUGGCUGUGAACUUCACCCAGGAGGAAUGGACUCUGCUGGAUUCUUCACAGAAGAAACUCUACAGAGAUGUGAUGAGGGAAACCUUCAUGAACCUGGCCUACAUAGGGGGAAAAUGGGAAGACCAGAAUAUUGAAUAUCAGUACAAUAACCAGGGGAGAAAUCUAAGAAGCCAUAUGGUAGAGAGACUCUGUGAAGGUAAAGAAGCUAGUCAAUGUGGAGAAACCUUCAGCCAGAUUCCAAAUCUCAGUCUAACUAAGAAAACUACUGCAGUAAAACCAUAUGAAUGUAGCAUAUGUGGAAAAGUCUUCAUGCGUCAUUCAUCCCUUAAUAGGCACAUCAGAUCUCAUACUGGACAUAAACUAUAUGAGAAGCCAUAUGAAUGUAAAGAAUGUGGGAAAACCUUCAGUUAUCUCAAACCCUUUCAAAGACAUGAAAGGACUCACAGUGGAGAAAACCCCUAUAAAUGUAAACAAUGUGGAAAAACCUUUGUAUAUCACCAACCCUUUCAAACACAUGCACGAACUCACACUGGAGAAAAACCCUAUGAAUGUAAGCAGUGUGGUAAAGCUCUAAGUUGUCCCAGUUCUCUUCGAAUUCAUGAAAGGAUUCACACUGGAGAAAAGCCCUAUGAAUGUAAGAUAUGUGGUAAAGCCUUCAGUUGUCCCAGUUCUAUUCGAAUACAUGAAAGAACUCACACUGGUGAGAAACCCUAUAAAUGUAAGGAAUGUGGGAAAGCUUUCAUAUCCCACACAAGUGUUCAAACACACAUGGUAACACACAGUGGAGAUAGACCUUAUAAAUGUAAAGAAUGUGGGAAGGCAUUCAUUUUUCCCAGUUUUUUACGAGUACAUGAAAGAAUUCACACUGGAGAGAAACCCUACAGAUGUAAACAAUGUGGUAAAGCCUUCAGAUGUUCCACUUCCAUUCAAAUUCAUGAAAGAACUCACACUGGAGAGAAACCCUAUAAAUGUAAGGACUGUGGGAAAGCCUUCAGUGCUCGUCCAGCCUUUCGGGUACACCUUAGAAUACAUACUGGAGAGAAACCUUAUAAAUGUAAAGAAUGUGGGAAAGCCUUCAGUCGUCCCAGUUACUUUCGAAUACAUGAAAGGACUCACACUGGAGAAAAACCCUAUGAAUGUAAAAAAUGUGGGAAAACCUUUAAUUAUCCUCUUGAUUUGCAAAUACAUGAAAGAAAUCACACUGGAGAAAAACCCUAUGAAUGUAAGGAAUGUGCAAAAGCAUUCAUAUCUCUCGAAAACUUUCGAAGACACAUGAUAACACACUCUGGGGAUGGACCUUAUAAAUGUAGGGAAUGUGGGAAAACAUUUAUUUUUCCCAGUGCAUUUCGAACACAUGAAAGGACUCACACUGGAGAGAAACCCUAUGAAUGUAAACAAUGUGGAAAAGCCUUUAGUUGUUCUAGUUAUAUUCAAAUACAUGAAAGAACACACACUGGAGAGAAACCCUAUGAAUGUAAGGAAUGUGGGAAAGCCUUCAUUUACCCCACAAGUUUUCAAGGACACAUGAGAAUGCAUACUGGAGAGAAACCUUAUAAAUGUAAAGAAUGUGGGAAAGCCUUUAGUCUUCACAGUUCCUUUCAAAGACACGAAAGAACUCACAGUAGAGGGAAACAUCUUGAGUGUAAGCAAUGUGGAAAAGUUUUCAGUUUGCCCAAAUCCUUACAAAAACAUGUGAAAAUGCAUACUGGACAGAAACUCCACAAGUGUGAAAAAUAAGGGAAAGUUAUCUAUUUCAACAGACAUUUUCAGAGUAGUGACAAUUUCCACUACAGAGAAAUACUAUAUAAAUGUAAUAUGGAAAGCUAGAUGCAAGGUAAUUCAUGCAUAAUAUUCCAGAAGAUUCACAACAUGAAAGAAAUGUUACAAAAGUCAAAAACAUUUUUUACUCAGUGGCUCAUUCUUAAAGUGCAUCUGUGAACUAUGACUUUCCACUUCUUAGUUUUGCAAAGCAGCUUUGAAAUGAGAAUUCUGUAAGUACUCUUUUAAGGAAUAGUCCAGAAGCUUAAUAGGUAAUGUUUUCUUAUUAAGUCAUUUAAUAAACUUUUUUAUUUUGAAGUCUGGAUCCAUGGGUGAAUUGAUAUAUAGUUAGGUUUAAUUUUUAUAUGUUUUUUGAAUUGUUCUCUGAGUAAGAGACUUGAAAAAUGAUAGUUUGGUAAUUGUUGGGAUUUUUCCUACUGGCCUCAUGCAGAAGGUACUGGAUAUCUCUUACCCGCUGUAUGUAUUCCACCUUUUUUUUGAGAAAAACUUUUUCUUUUUUGGCCAGAAUAGCCUUAUUACAUUUUCCUUGUUAUCAAAUAGCUGGCAUAAUUUGUUAAGUAUGCAAAGUUUAUCACAGAGUAUAGUCUCGUGAAUUACUUUCACCUUUUGCCCUUUGCUUUUCAUCAUUCCUUCUGGCUGGGAUUUGGAUAAUAGACUUUGAAUUAAAAAGAGACAUCUAGGGCUGGCCAGAAAUCUCAGUUGGUUAGAGCAUGGUGUUAUAACACCAAGGUCAAGGGUUCAGAUCCCCAUGCUGGCCAGCUGCCAAAAAAAAAAAAAAAAAAGAUAUCCGUGAUAGAACAAUAAAAUUUAGAGUUGGACAUCGCCCUCCUGGUUCUUAUUAUGUCAACAGAGGUAAUGUUGUGAAUCAAAUGUUCUAGAAUCUAUUUCCUUUAUGAGUUCCAUAAUAGAAUUCACUAAUAGCCUAACUUGCAUGAGAUUUUCCAGGCAGAAGUAAAGACAACUUAUUAGUCGGGUAUCAGAAUCACCAUACAGUGAGACAGCCAGAUGCAGAGCCCCUGCUCGUACCUGCUUCCUGCCCAUUUUCCUGAUUCUUUUCUCUGCCAGUGAAGAAUAUCCUCAAAACUCCCACUGCUUGACUUCCAUCUUCAAAGAGAUGUGUAGGUUUCCACAAAUAUCUGCACAAGGUCACAUCAAAGAUCUAUUUGCAGUUUGGAUCUUCCAUCUAACCCUUGUGUGCAUCAAGUUACCAUUUUCUGUUUUGGUUGAGAAUGUUCUUUGAUGCUCUGUCGUCUUGAGAUUGUAUUCCUCUAAGGUCUAAUUUGUAGUUCUGUUAAUACUGUUGGUGACUGUGUUCCUGAUUCCACCAUGACAGCUACAGUGAUGCAAUCAAAAAGAACUACUGCAAGGGGAUUUGUCCCUCUACUUCAUUACGCAUUGGCCACUGUCCCCCCCCCAGUCCUUCCAUCUGACAGUAAUCACCUUCCUCAUAGCAGACAAAUUGCAGGUGUUUCCAAUUACUGCUGAAUGUACUUCCUCCGUACAUUUUCAGUUAUGUUCGAUUGUAUGUGAUUAAAAACAACGUAUUUUUUGUGCAACAAAAGCUUGGGUAAAUGUUUUUUAGAAAUAUUUUGUUAACUGGUUUCAGGCAACUUGUAUACUAAUACUGUAUUUUCCAUUUCCUGAGAGAAUAUAUUAAAAUAUGCCAUUGCAAUUAUGGA